AACAAUCACAUCAAAACUAUUUGCUUAAACAUUUAAAACCCCUCUCUCUCUCUAUACAACUCUAUCUCCUCUGUUUUUUUCUUGCUCUGUUUCAAUGGAGGAACAAAACUGGAUAAGAGGACCUAUCAUCGGUCGAGGCUCAACCGCUACAGUCUCACUAGCAAUCACAAACUCCGGUGAACUCUUCGCCGUCAAAUCCGCUGAGUUUUCUUCAUCGGCGUUUCUGCAGAGAGAAGAGUCGUUUUUAUCGAGUUUAAGCUCUCCUUACGUAGUCAAGUACAUUGGGUCUAACUCAACGACAGAGAACGAUACACUGACGUAUAAUCUCCUGAUGGAUUAUGUUUCCGGUGGGAGCCUUCACGAUUUGAUCAAGAACUCCGGCGGGGAAUUGCCGGAGCCGGCGAUUAGAUCCUACACGCGUCAGAUAUUGAAAGGUUUGAAGUAUCUUCACUGUCUAGGGAUUGUUCAUUGCGAUUUGAAGAGCCAGAAUGUUAUGAUCGGAGGAGAAACAGCGAAGAUCGUCGAUUUGGGCUGCGCUAAAAUGGCGGGAAACGGGAGUUUGGAAUUUUCCGGUACACCGGCGUUUAUGUCGCCGGAGGUGGCGCGUGGUGAAGAACAGAGUUUUCCGGCUGAUGUGUGGGCUUUGGGGUGUAUGGUGAUAGAGAUGGCGACAGGGUCAAGUCCUUGGCCGGAGUUAAACGACGUCGUCGCUGCGGUUUACAAGAUUGGUUUCACCGGUGAGACGCCGGAGAUACCGGAGUGUUUGUCGGAGAAAGGUAAAGACUUUUUGAGGAAGUGUCUGAGAAGAGAUCCGAAACAGAGAUGGGUUGUUGAAGAGUUGCUUCAACACCCGUUUCUCGAGGGAGAAGAGGAAGAGGACCAAACUCAAACUCAGUCUAUGUCUUGUCUGAAUACUUCUUCUCCUAGUACUGUGUUGGAUCAAGGUUUCUGGGAUUCAUGUGAAACCUCGAGAGGUCGAUUAGUCCAAGAAGAUCACGAAGACCCAUUUGCAAAUUAUUCGACUUUAUUGGUCUCUUCACCGGCUGAUCGAAUCAAGAAACUGGUCGGAGAUGAGAAUUCCGGCGAACCGGUGAGGAUUACGGCGGAGGAUGGUUGGAUUGAAGUUAGAAGCAACGGAGAGGUAGAGAAACGUAAUGAAGACGAUGACGAAGAUGUGAAUAGCGUUGAAGCAACGUCAUGGGAGGAAGGCGAAGUGGGAAGAUAUGAGAAUUGGAUCUUGGAUCAAGAAGACAGCUUCUUCUUGGAAUAUUCUUCCACUGAGAAUAACAAUUUUUAUAUUUACUCUAGUAACCUCCUUGAAGAGGAUAAUGUAAUUCUUUAUUAUCAUGAUCAUCUUGAAGAUUGUUUUGUUCAAGUUCUUGAUCUGUUAAUAAUAAUAAGAAUCAUUUCUUUAGCCACGUUGCGAUUUUACAAGUUUCUUUUUAAAUCAAAAUCCAUGACAAUAACAAUACCAAAAACACCUCCUUUCUUCUCCCUCGACUCUUUCAUCUAA